GGCGCCAAUCUUUACCCAAAUUCGACUUUUCCCAAAUAUCGUUCUCCUUAUAAAUCAAUCCCUACAUCUUCUAAAUUCCCGAAUCUUCAUAUCACCAGAAGCAAACCCAAUUUCAGUUUUCUCAGCAUCAAAAUGGAUUCUCACAACAACAACAGCAACCAGACUUCAGAAGUCAAAGAACCUCCAGUGAAGAUCCAGAAGGUUCAUGAAAACGGUGUUCCAGAAAUCUCUUCUUUCUUGAGAGUUAAAAAGCUUUCAGAAAAAGCUGUUCUUCCUUCUAGAGGUUCAUCCCUUUCGGCUGGUUAUGAUCUUUCUAGUGCGGCUGAAAUGAUAGUUCCAUGCAGAGGAAAAGCCCUAAUUCCAACUGAUUUAAGCACUGCGGUACCUGAAGGAACUUAUGCUCGUGUUGCACCUCGUUCGGGAUUGACCUGGAAGCAUUCAAUAGAUGUAGGUGCUGGUGUUACUGAUGCUGAUUAUAGAGGACCAGUUGGGGUUAUCUUAUUCAAUCAUUCUGAUGUUGAUUUCCAAGUUAAAAUGGGUGAUAGAGUUGCUCAGUUGAUUAUUGAGAAGAUAAUUACUCCUGAGGUUGAAGAAGUUGAAGAUUUGGAUUCUACAGUUAGGGGUUCAGGAGGUUUUGGAUCUACUGGGGUUUAACAUUUUUAUCAUUUGGGUCCAUAUUCGUAGUUAACAUGAUAUUAGAUUUGCUAGUAUUAGUAUAUUAUGUAGUUGCUUUUGUUUAGUACUACGCCUUCUAUUCUGAGAUAUUCUAAAUUUCUAAUUGCGAAACUUGAGCUUUUCCCUCACUAUGAUCAGGUUUAUAAAUAUUAGUGGUUUACUUCGAUA